CUAUUAUAAUCAAUGUGAGUUAGAACUCGAAGACCAUGAUGUUUUCCUCCACCAACGCCAUGAUCUCUUACUUCAUCAGCAAACCUUGAUGUCGAAUAAUUCAGUUUCGGAGACUAUCAUUAACAUGCCUGUAUCCAGCAAAAACGAGGAGUCAACCAUAGACUGCACCAAAAAAAGCCAUAAUGCCACCGAUCAGCAGAUACCGCGAAAGAGAUCAUCUUCCAAGAGAGAUCGGCACAGCAAGAUUAAUACAGCUAACGGACCAAGAGAUCGGAGAGUGAGACUGUCUCUUGAUGUUGCUCGAGAUUUCUUUGGUCUGCAAGACAUGCUGGGCUAUAAUAAGGCCAGCAGAACUGUUGAAUGGCUACUCAUACGGGCAAAGCCGGAAAUCAAUAACCUAGCUAGAAGCCAGCUUUCCCAGAUGAAUAACAGCUGCAGCGUUGCAGCUGCAAAGAGUCCAUCUUCAACUUCUGAGGCUGAGGUGGCAUCUGAAAUUGACAAGGCUGCUAUACAAGGAAGCAUAUCUAAUGGGAAACCUUCCUCAAAAGAGAAAAAGGUUAGACAGCCACGAAAAACCACUUUCCGCCCUCUUGCAAGGGAUUUGAGAGAAAAGGCCAGGGCAAGGGCAAAGGCAAGGACAAAAGAAAAGAUCAUGUGCACUCGAAGGCUUGAUGAAUCAAAGUUAUGUGAUGAUACCAGAAACAAUGAUCUGAAUAAAUUCAGUUCUUGGAGUUCCUUUGAGACUGGUGAAAAAUCUGGUAUUCCAGAUCACAACAGGAACAACCCUUCUUUGGCGGCCGCGGUACCUGAGGUUAAAGAGCUUAGCUCUCGUGACGGUGAGCACAUAAGGAUUCGUGAGGAUAUGGUUGAUGAAUCUGUGGCAAUUAUGAAUAAGUGGAACCCGAAUUCGAUUUUCAAUUGUCUGCAAAACUCUGGAAUUAACCAAGAGCAUCAGCUCACAGGGUUUUUGUCCUUUGGCAAACCAUUGGAUGCCUACAACAACAGAAAUCUGUGAUAACGUGGUUUUUCUCUUACUUCUUCAGUUCUUUAAUGUGUCCUGUGGAUAAAUAUUAGAGGCAUGCUAUGUUUACUUUCUUAAUUUCUGUAUGGAAUGCAAUAUGGACGUGCUUUUUCUCUCUUUUUUUUUUUAAAUCUAUUUGGAAUUUUCUUGUGGACUAUCUAUUGUCAAUGAUUGUUGUGUGUAAUUAUCAGUAGAUAUGAUGUUAUGCUUUCCUUGUUUCUGUUCUAGGUAUUUAAAUAUAGUAUCUUAGAUUCAUUGUAACGUCAAUUAAAACAAUAAAGUCAACAGCUUAAAGGGUUGAUAACAAUUAUAAAUUUAAUCAUUUUCUGAUAGCUAAUCUGCUUUGUGCCCCUAUAAAUUAACAUGCGAGAAGAAGGCUGCAAUAUCAAUUUAUGUUUCUCAUCAUCCCCCUGUAUAUAUGUGAAAAUAAUUGCCUUCUAGUUUCUAUAUCUGGAUUCUAGUUAAUAUGUUUCCAUGCUAUUUUUCCUUUUCAGCCAAUUUAUGUAAAGCUUUCUCUGUCUCCUAAGAGUUGUUUAUUGCCUUCUGUUUAUUUUGCUCUCUCCAGUAGGCUGCUGCAUCCCAACAAAAGAAUUCAGCUUAACUUUUAGGAGAUGAUUGAGUAGAUGCAUGGAUGACCCACUCUCCCUUGUUAACUAAUGCUUUUCCACUAUCAAGUAAUUUUUUUCAAAGUUUACACAUACCUAAGAGGAUAUAUAUUUUUUGGUACAAAGGAGGCUACAAUCUGAAGUAGAGGAGGCUAUUGCAGGUGUUAAAUUUUGAAUCU